CGAGACAGGCGGUGUCCCUGUGAUAGUGGAUGAGGGCCGUGGGGGGCGAUACGGCAGAUAAGGCGCACUGACCGCGAAAAGGUGCGCGGGGUGGCGUCAGUCAGUAGGAGCCCGCCUGUGCACGCCAGCACGCACCCGCACGCGCCCAGCAGCCGACAAACACACUGCCGGCCGACAUGACUCUCUGUGGGCGCUUGGCCCGCGCGGGCCUGUGGCUCGCGCUCCUGGCCGUCGCUCUGGAGGCCGUGACCGCGACCGAGUACUCGCCGCCUCUGCUCAACCACAGCUACGUGGCGCGCGCCGCGUACGACGACCACGCCAUGCAGACGCUCUACAACAUCGCGCGCAAGGUCCUCAGGGGAGUGCAGAGGCCCGCCCCUUUCCCCCCAGGCCUGUUCGUCGUUGAGGGCGACCGGAUCGAGACGAAGCUCGACGGCACGGCGGACGUGAUCUCGUACUACGGCGGGGUUGUGGCUAUAGUCGUGGUGGGGCUCAUCGUGGCCGUGGCGGUACCCUGCGGCGGCUUCCUCUGGUGCCUCUGCGGGGGCGGCUGCAAGUGCAGCUCGGGCAAGGUCCACAAGAGGGGCGGUCGUCCCCAGCAGAGCGACGCAGAGCUGGACCACGCGGAGCACCGGGAGCCCGGCCCCUGCUUCGUGCCGGCCGCGCUCGGGGUCACGGCAUGCGUGAUCGCAGCGGGAGCCUGUCUGACCCUUGCAACCAACGCGUACAUGGACAAAGGGAUCAUUGCCUUCCCAAACCAUAUAUCAACAGGGAUCGAUGACGUCACGCUUUUCGCCGACAAUUCUAUUGUGGAAGUCAAUACCUUCUUUGAAAACAAUUACGAUGAGCUGUCGGACGCAUUAAACUUAGUUCUAUCUAGUGGCAACAAGUCUAUUUCUAGCAUAGUAAACAAUAUCUACAAAGCAUUGCCUGUAGAGACUCUGAAUACAAUUUCAAAUGGAUUGGUUGAUAUUUCAAAGGACUUGACAGAUAUAAGCAAAAACGGCGGGGAAGUUGUAAAACAGUCACAAGAUAUUGCAAAGGUGGUGAAAGAAGUUAAAGAUAGCAUUUCUACAAAAUGUCCUGGCUCCGCCUGUCAGACCAUUAUUGAUGCUCUCGACACCCAGACGUUCCCUGCGCUACCCGAUUUGUCGACGAGUAUUAGCUCCCUGAACCCCUUUGUCGACGCUUCGUUUAAAUCGUCCCUAGAAGCAGGCGUGAAACAGGUCGACGAGAUGGCUGACAAAGCCAAUCAAUACGUCGAUGAAACUAUCAAGUCAAUUAAUUCAGAAAUAGUAAAAACGCGCCAAGAACUACAAAAGACGUCAAAGGAACUGAUCGAGCAGGUCCAAAGCGUUAAAGACUCUAUUAAUGAUAUUAAUGACAAAGUGGAUAGCAUUUCUGACGAUUUUGAGAAGUAUGACGGUUACAAAAAUGGUGGACUCAUCGUUGUGGGAUUGGUUUAUAUGUUAAUUGCAGUAGCAAUCAUGUUUGGACUGGUGAGCGGCUGCUGUUCAAAGCACAAUUCAUACGCAAUCCUAAAAUUGCCCACCUGGUUCAUAUUUUUGACAACAUUUGUGCUGAUGAUCUUCACGACAGCCGCGUUUUUGGUAGGUCUGGUCGGCGACCGUGUCUGUGAAGCUGUGCGCGAACCAGAAAACAACGAGAUCAUAAAUCUCUUUGAUACUUUGAUUACAAAGACGCAGUCCGACAAGCAUGUUACUGGUAACAUAACAUACUAUAUUAGAGCUUGCCAAAAAAAUGAGACGAUAUACAACGUUUUAAAUUUGGAUUCAACGGUCAAAAUCGACGAAAUUCACGAUUUAGUUAAUAAAUUUAAGUUUGACGAUUUUUUGACAAAAAUAGAGAAAGCCCAAGAUAAAAUUAAAAAUGCCAAUCUGAUACCCGAGGAUAUUAAACAAGAACUGGACCAACUAGAAAACUCCGAUUUGGCAAAUCUAAAUCUUGACGACAUAAAAAAUAAGGUCCAAACUGGAAAUGGUAUUGUAGGAAAGCUAAAUCCAACGGAGUGGGCAUCCGAAUUGGAACAGAUCGGUCAGCAGGCGAAGGUGGACUUCACAACUGAAACGGAAAAGCUACGAGGGCAAGAAUCCAACGUCAAAUUACUUCAAUCAACCGUAGCUGAAUUGACAAGAGUAGUUGAAAAGCUCGAAAAGGACUCUCGUUUAGGAGCCGACAACUUUUUGGUGGCUUUGAAGUCACUGGUAUCUCAAAUACAGGACGCUGAAAAAUCAGUUAAGGCAGUAGACUUUGUCCCGGUAGCCGACCAAACUGCGACAAAGUUCAAGGGAGAAGUGGACCAGUACCUUACGUAUGUGAUAUCACGCGUCAAGAACGACGCCCUCCGGUGCGGCCCUCUCAGCCGUGUCUUCGACAGUCUAGUUGUGGCGUCCUGCGACGAAGUACUCGGCCCUUGGAACGGAUUUUGGGCGGCUUCUGGGACGUGCCUUCUGUUCUUCAUCCCGGCUGCUAUUUUGGCGAUCAAUUUAUCUUCACGACGUGACUAAAAUAAAGUGUGGGUGGUCACUGCGA